UCCGCCCAACGGGAAGGUGACCGCGCUGAGGAGGAAAAGUGGAGCGCUGCGGCCACCAUGUUGUCCCUGGCUGCCCGUUGCGGCCCGUUUGCCCCGUACCUCGCGGCCGCCGCGCAUGUCGUGCCGGGUCCGCGGAAGCCCCUGGUGCUGGAGCUGCCGCCGGCGCCCAAGAAGAUCCUGUCCUUUGAUCCGAGGCGGCCCAUGCUGUGCCGGGAGUCGCUGCUCGGCCAGGCGGGCCGAGGAGGCCUCGUCGCCACUGCUUCCUUCAACGCUCCUGCCAGUGUUCGUUAUGUCCAUAAUGAUAUGGCUGUGCCAGACUUCUCUUACAACCGUCGCAAAAGUGUAAUAGAUAGCACAAAAUCAUCCCAAGAAAGCAGCGAGGAGAGAAAGACGUUCACCUACUUUAUGAACGGAGCAUCCUAUUUGCUUGCUGCAUACUUAGCCAAGAAUACUGUCAUUAUGUUCGUCUCCAGCUUGAAUCCUGCUGCUGACGUAUUGGCCCUGGCAAAGAUUGAGAUCAAGCUGUCUGAUAUUCCAGAAGGCAGGAAUAUGGUUUUCCAGUGGAGGGGGAAACCCCUGUUUGUGCGUCACAGAACCCAGGCAGAGAUCGAUCAAGAAGCUAAAGUACCUUUGAGUGAACUAAGAGACCCACAGCAUGAUUUGGAUAGGGUCAAGAAACCGGAGUGGUUGGUAGUGCUAGGCAUAUGUACCCAUCUUGGCUGUGUACCAAUUGCAGAUGCUGGGGAUUAUGGCGGUUAUUACUGUCCUUGCCAUGGGUCGCAUUAUGAUGCAUCUGGCAGAGUACGUAAAGGCCCAGCUCCACUCAAUCUCGAGGUCCCAGAGCAUGAUUUCCUUAGUGAAGAUGUACUUAGCGUUGGUUAAAUGUCUGGAUUCUUGUGUACACCUUGAGGAAAGAAUUGAGUCAUAAGAUACUGCAAAGCGUUAAAGUUGAAUUGUGGGACUAUUUGGUCAGCUUUAAUAAAUAAUUAAACUGAUGCCCUCUAAUAAGA